UGAGUCUGGAAAGAAAUCAGAAGCUAGUAGCGCUUAGCUGGACUCUCAGCGGGGGAGCUAAGAAAAGUUUUAUCUUAUCAGACACCUGGAUAUUAUUUUUUAAUAUAUAUAUAUAUAUAAAUAUAUAAAUAUUAAAAAUGUCUCCCUCAGUGUCCACUCGCUACUUCUCGGAGAAAGAAGUGGCGAGGCAUUGCACGAAGGAGUCAUGCUGGGUGCUGGUGGGGACGCGGGUGUACGAUGUGACCAGCUUCCUGCGGAUGCACCCGGGCGGAGAGGCGCUGAUCUUACGCCGCUCCGGGAGCGACAUCAGCGGGCAGCUGGACGGACCUCCGCACCGGCACUCGGAGAACGCGCGGCGGUGGCUGGAGCAAUACUACAUCGGUGAAAUAGACAGGGACUGCACACAAUUUCCCACAGAGACACUACGACAGAGGGGAAGCAAGCCAGAAGCUCCAGAUGAUACAGAAGAAGAUGAUUCAGCCAUCAACAAAUGCAGCAAAGUAGACGAUGAAACAGAUCUGGUGGACUGGAGGAAGCCCCUUGCCUGGCAGGUGGGAUAUUUGGGAGAGAAAUAUGACGCCUGGGUCCAUCAGCCUGUCGAUCGGCCAAUCCGUCUCUUUGAGUCUGACUUCUUUGAAGCUAACACCAAGACCCCAUGGUACAUGGUGCCAGCUGUGUGGAUGCCUCUGGUUAUUUACCUGAGCUGGUAUGGCUACAGCUUGUUGGCACAAGGAAGCACUAGACUGUCCAUUACAUCAGAGUACUCCUUUAUGAUCCACAAGUACUGGUUCCCAUUCCUCUUCCUGCUCGGGAUGUUCAUGUGGUCCUUUCUCGAGUACUGUAUCCAUCGCUUCCUGUUCCACAUGCGCCCUCCAGCCCACAACUAUUACCUCAUCACACUUCACUUUCUCCUUCAUGGUCAACACCACAAGUCUCCAUUCGACGGCUCUCGUCUGGUGUUCCCUCCUGGCAUAGCAUCAAUCGUUAUAGGGGCGUUUUACCUGCUUCUGCGCCAGCUAUUGCCCGAGGGAUUAGGCACGUCUCUGUUCGUCGGUGGUCUAUGUGGUUAUGUGGUCUAUGACAUGAUCCACUACUACUUGCACUACGGUUCGCCACGCAAGGGCUCCUACCUGUACGGCUUGAAGGCUUACCAUGUCAAACAUCACUUUGAGCACCAAAGAGCAGGUUUCGGCAUCACUACUACGUUCUGGGACCAUCCCUUUAACACAGUCAUUCCAGAGCAGACAUUUUAAACUCACCCUCUGCUGUCACAAGUGCCCUAUGCAAGGCCGCCCCUCCUCUCGAACCCCCACCAACUGUUGCUUUUCUCAGAAAAAAAUGAUCCAAGCUGCUCAUCAUCAUCAUCAUCAGUCAUCAUCAUCAUCAUCAUCAUUCGUCUGACAGUUUAGGAGAAGGCACAGCCCAGACUCUGAGUAAUUGUUGGGAUAUAUGCAUGUACAGGCAUAUAAUAUUUAAAGAAAUCUAAUUUUAAUAAUAAUGGAUUAAAACUGUUUUUGUAGAGGCACUGAGAUGUUCAUGAACACUUUUAACUCCCCAUAUUGUGUAGAUAUAGGUAGAAAGAUUAAGUUAAGUGUGAGAAGGUGUGUGAACGUGAGGAGAGAGUGAGUGAGCGAGUGAAUGAAUGGUUUUUAGCUGUAGAGUGGAUCUGAAUGGAAGAGAAGGUAUGGCAAUAGGACCCUCAAUGGCCGUCCAAGUCACUGCCAGAGAGGAAAUACUCAGGAACGUGCUCUAAAUCUCACCAUGCUUACUCAAGGCUUGUCAGUGUUGCUGCUGUUAUAUAGGAAGUUUCCCUCACUGUGCUUUUUGUUUGCGUUUUCCCUUCCAAUUUUCUCCUUGUUAUUCCUGAUCCCUUUUUUUAAACAUCUGUGAAUUAUUCUCAGAAACAUAAGCUCUUCACCUCCGGUGUCUUGUCCUGUUCUUGCUUCUUAGUGUUGGGGAUUCGAUCUGUGGAAGCCGGCCUGGUAGUGGACAGUGUCGCUUCAUUUUGUACCAUCGUUGUGUUUUUUUGUUUGUUUUGUUGUUGUUGUUUUUUUUUUUUUUUUAAAUAAGAUAUGCCAAGUGAUCUACCAAGAGAACAAUGUCCUAUCCAGGGAGCAGCCAUAGCCAUUGACUCCUUGUGUAACCCAUUAUUAAAAACAUAUUCGGAGACGUUAAGCUGUGAUGCUUCCAUAGAGAUGCAAGAAGCAAACAAUGGCCCUUGGGCUUCCUGAUCAGUAAAAGCGGGUGUGUUGUCAUGGCUGCCGAAUUUAAACCCUCGGGGGGGUGUGAAGCCGCGUGUUCGGGGAUCUCCUUCAGUAUGGGGGUUGCCUGGCAGGGAGUUUAGACGUGGCCGAGGCAACCCCUUUUCUGGGUUGACGAUCAUUAGUGUCUGACCAGGCUGUGAACAAGGAGGCCCCGCCCACAAUCUCAGGCUGAUCUCUCGUUGGUUCAUGCUUGUAUCAAUCUCCAGUCUGUCCAGCAGUGUCACGCUCACUCUGUCUCACAUUCUGUCCUGAUUAGCAAACUUGUUCUGUGUUUUUGCGUUCCUCUGCAUGUAUUAGCCUCUUCUUGGGUUUUCUGUACUGGCGUGAAGUCACUACAUGCCUGUCUAGAUUCCAGGAACUUUCUAUUCAGGUCAAAUGGACACUGUGGCCUCACAUGUGUCCUUUAUCUACUGCACAGCUACCAUCGGUCAGUGGUGGUAACAUGAUUAAAUGUUCUGUGAGGCUACAGUCUCCUCAGUCUCUCCUUGUUGACUUGAUGGCCAAAAACGACAGAAGAAAUGUUGAAUCUGUGUAUUAAAAUGUCCCCGAUGUGUGAUAAAGGGCAUUCCCUACCUCCCUGUUCCUUCCUACACUCAAAUCAUGUAAUUAGUCAAUAGAAUGUCAAGAGGUGGGCAGAUGUUGAGCUGAGGUUAGGGCUGUUUGAUUGGGCUAUACAGCUCAAAUAGGGUAUCUGUUUCUGGAAGCAUGAAUGUUGAUCAUUAAGUAGUCUUGCCAUGGCACCUUCCUGUCUCUGACGAAAUAGGUCACACUGAGGGCGUCCCACAACUGGUGGGCGCCACUGGUUUGAUUAAAGUAAUAACAGUAAAUAUAUUUACAUGUGUUUACCUGUAAACAAAGUUUGAAGGUUUAAUUCAGAGAAAAAAAAUCUUUAAAUGAAAAUCUAAAAAAAAAAAAGAUUUAAAAAAAAAUGCUAAUACAAAUGAAAAUCUGUUUACUACUAUAUAUUUUUAUGUUGCAAAUUUCUAUGCAAAUGUACUUGUAAAUAAAUGUGUGUAUAUUUCUGAUGAA